GAGCCAAAAUAUGAUGGAAGCAGGGGAAGACAUUGUGAUUGUGGGAGCUGGAAUUGCUGGUCUUACAACAUCCUUAGGACUUCAUAGGUUGGGAAUUCGAAGCAUAGUGUUGGAAUCCUCGGAUGGAUUGAGGGUCACUGGAUUUGCCUUCACGACAUGGACAAAUGCUUGGAGGGCAUUAGAUGCUGUUGGCCUUGGUGACUCCCUCCGACAACAUCAUCAAAGGCUUUAUGGGAAUGUGACUAGCUCUACAAUUUCAGGACAUCAAACCUCAGAUACGUCAUUUGAAGCUAAAGGAAAACGUGCUGGGGAGCACGAAAUUCGUUGUGUUCAAAGGAAGUUGUUGUUGGAAAGCCUUGCAAAGGAGCUUCCAAUUGGCACAAUUAGGUACUCUUCCAAGGUGGUUUCUAUAGAGGAAUCAGGCUUCUAUAAGCUUUUGCAUCUUGCUGAUGGAACCAUUCUCAAAACCAAGGUGUUGAUUGGGUGUGAUGGAGUGAACUCAGUGGUGUCAAAAUGGCUGGGGUUGAAGAAAGCAGCAUUCACAGGGAGAUGUGCCAUAAGGGGGUGUGUAGAUUUCAAGCAGAGGCAUGGGUUUGGUCCAAAGCUCAUGCAGUUCCAUGGCAAAGGUUUUCGAUCUGGUUUUAUUCCUUGUGAUGAUCAAACCGUCUACUGGGCUUUCACUUGGACUCCCUCUGGCAAAGAGAAUGAUGAGAUAGAAGAUAAUCCAGCUGAAAUGAAGCGACUUGUGUUAAGCAAGCUAGAAAAGGUGCCUGAUGAAAUAAGGGCAAUUAUUGAAGACACUGAUCUGGAGGGUAUUAUUUUAUCCCCAUUAAUGUACAGACAUCCAUGGGAGCUUCUUUGGGGAAACAUCAGCAAAGGCAAUGUCUGUGUUGCUGGUGAUGCACUCCACCCCAUGACCCCAGACAUUGGCCAAGGUGGUUGUGCUGCCUUGGAAGAUGGUGUUGUUUUGGCAAGGUGUCUUGCCAAUGCCUUGUUGAAAGAGCAGCCAAGUGGGAAAACAAAAGAGAAAGCUGAAAGAGAAAGAGAGGAAUACAAGAGGAUUGAGAUGGGGUUGAAGAAUUAUGCAAAGGAAAGGAGAUGGAGAAGCAUUGACCUCAUUACUACAGCUUAUAUGGUUGGUUUUAUCCAGCAGGGUGAAAGUAGUGUGAUGAACUUCAUAAGGGAUAAAAUAUUGGCUGCUUACUUGGGUGGAUUUCUGUUGAAAAAAUCUGAUUUUGAUUGUGGGAAGCUCAGCAUUUCCGAUUCGGAGUAGUUUAUUAGUAUUUAAUUUUCAAGCGUCAAUGGUAUUAAAAUUAUGUUAGGCAAGUUAUAACAAAUGCGUGUUGGCUUAGGGUUUAGGCGGAGUUUAUUUAAGCAUGCAUUGUAAUCUAAUUAUGAAGGCGGUAUUUUUUUUUUUUUUUUUUUUAUUAUCUGUAAGAAUGUUUUGUCAAAAAGAUUGAAAUGGACAAAUUUGAAUCACCAAUCAAAGUGUAGAGGAUUUCUUUGGGCAA